UUUGGAAGUACAAGCUUGUACACAAAAUUGUUGUGCGGUAUCCUAAUAGCGGCCCUUCUCGACACAGUUUGGCGGAAUUUCGUUCCAUUCUAUUUAGCAGGAAUUCAGCAUCCUUAUGUCGACGAGAGAGCUGCCAUCCAAGAAUACACACUGAUUGGUUCGAUUGUACUCGCGAAUCUGAUGAUGGCACUGGAUGUUCCACCGAACGUGCAAUUCACCAUUUAUUAUGAGGUACACGACAGUGAGAGGCAGCAAAACAAUGCGACUGCACUACACCGAUAUCAUUCGAGUGAUAAACACCUAUUUGCAUUAUCAAAUAAUUAA